AUGAUUAAGAUUUUAAUCAUCUCUGUUUUCAUAGCCUUCAGUCAUGGUUACGCUGUGGGUCCAGUACAUAUCGCCGUUCCCUAUGUGAAUCACGGAUACCAUAGCCAUAGACUUGGCUUCGGUUUUAGCCAUGGUCUAACGCCCCAUAUAAAACCAAUUGGUCAUCACCUCUUCAAGAGAUCACCGUUCAUCGUGCAGCCAUUUGAUCAUACAGGUCAUGUGGCCGAUAUAGCUCCAAUAGCUGUAUCCCACCAAGCAAGGGUAGACUUCCACUCAAGGCCAGCAGUUGUGGUGCCGAUCGUACCUGUUGUCAAAGAAGUGUCUCCUGUGGUCCAGGCUGCGCCAAUAUAUAAGCCAUUUGGACAUUACGUAGGUGUUCAUGGACUUAUUCAUCCACAUUUACGCCACUAG